GACGAGUACAUCUCUCGCAGCCUGCAAGCAGCUUUGAACGGAGAAAACUCUCACCCCAACGGAAAAUGCUGGUAGUCAUCCUCGUUGCUGUAGCACUUGUUGCUGCUUCAAGUGCCUGGCCUCCGGAAAGGUAUCUACCAACAGAUGCAUCCCUUCAGGGUGAGCUCAUUAUUAACCUCUCACCCUAACCAUGGCACAUGGUUCUUCUUUAUAAUUAUAGGAAUACAAGAAAUGGAAUACAAAGACCAUUAUGCGAUGGAAGAUCGAUACGCAGCAUUCUUUCAAGGUUUAUUCGACCCAGUAAUAACAGUGCCAUCACUAAAGAUCGGACAGACCAUUGAAGUUGUGUUCAAAAACCCUCCAACUGGAUAUCUCUCCUUCAACCUGGUCACUGCAGCGAGCGAUGUUGCCCUCCAUUUCAACCCUCACUACACGGACGAUGGUGGCUACGUUGUUCUAAACAGCCUAAUCCACGGCGCAUGGCAGGAAGAAGAGAAACCCACUGGGUAUCCAUUCCCUGCUGAUAAUGUCCAGACAAUGGUGACUGUCCACAUUACUGUCGGACAGAGUAAAUUUACAAUAUCAGUUAAUGGUAUCGAAUUUGCAACUUUCAACUACCGUCCUGGGCUCAGCUACGAAACUGUUCGUCACAUGACCUGGAAUGCUCCGUCGGAAGCUAUUUUGGAGUCGAUUAAAAUCAAAUUCUAAUUUCACACCUGGGAUCCAAUUGGACAGCCAAACUUUAGUAUUAGAAAAAAGUAUAGCUAGAUAGAUGUAGAAUUUAGCUUCUACAUUAUUAAUCAACUUUUUUUGAAAGCAAGUGCAAUAAUAAUUAUAGCUACUAUUGUACUUUAUAGAGAGAAAGUAGCUAACUAUCAUGUGAAUGCAGUCAUAGUGUAGGCAUCUUCUUGUUUCUGUUCUUUAGUCAUGAGGUGACAUCAGCAGCCCAAAUCACUUUAUUGCCUUU